GCCGCAAAGUUCCUCGCUUCUCUUUUCUGGUGUCCAGGAACUGAAUAUCAAACCGGUGAUCGCGGAGUUAUUGGCUCGUUAUAUUUGUCUUUUCUUUUCUCUGUUACCAGUCUUUAAUUUUAAAAAGAUCUAGGAGAAGCAGAAGCGAGCCCGGAGUUUAAGGUGCUCGGCAGUGGUGGGUGAGUCAGCGGGUGCUAAGGACUGGGACUUGGUCUUUGGAGACCGUCCCCUCUCCUCCCUGCAGAGAAGCAGCGGGCGCUGCAAGGACUGAAGGUCCGCUCUUCCCCACGCCCGGGCCUCCGCAUCCGCGCAGCAGCUGGAUUCAAAUGAACGAAGCUCCAGGGCCGCUUCGGUCUCAGCAAAUAUUUCAGACCCAUGCAACCUCGCCAGAACGCCUAGAGGCUGGAGCUAGCAGGAGCCCAUAGUUGGGCGACCAGCUGCAGCGCCCAGAUGCCCAGAUGUUCCUUUUGAACUUCGACGGCUAAGCCACACUUAGCUGCUACCCUUUCGGCAAAGACUGGCAACAGACUUGUGAAUUUCUAAUUUACCUGUGAAUGCACAGGAUGGAUCAGACCACACAGAAAAGCGAGCUCCUGUAAUCUCUGGGACUGCAUUCACAGCGUGACCCCUUGAACCUCGCUGCAUGCUUAGGGUAGGGAAGGUGUCCCCAGCAGUCCAGAGCUUUCCUGGCCAUGUCACCGUUAAUGAUCUGUGACUUAGUGUGGCCCUCGGAGGGUUGCCAGGGCUGCCCACGGUGGUUUCCAACAGGUGUGUUCUCUCCCUUCCCCAGCCCAACCCAGCUGGCAGGAUUCCCCCAAGCUGAGGUUUUUUGACUUGGCUUCCUCACUCCCACCUCCGCCCCCACCACACCAGAGGGUGGCCGUCCAGAGCCGGACCUGGCCCCCCUCCCUGGGACCAUGGUGCUUCUCGCUGAAAAUGUUUCCGAAGGUUCCAACUGUACCCACCCACCAGCACCGGUGAACAUUUCUAAGGCCAUUCUGCUCGGGGUGAUCUUGGGGGGACUCAUCCUAUUCGGGGUGCUGGGGAACAUCUUAGUGAUCCUCUCAGUGGCCUGUCAUCGGCAUCUGCACUCUGUGACUCACUACUACAUCGUCAACCUUGCGGUGGCAGACCUUCUUCUCACCUCCACCGUACUGCCCUUCUCAGCCAUCUUUGAGAUCCUGGGCUACUGGGCCUUUGGCAGGGUCUUCUGCAACAUCUGGGCGGCAGUGGACGUCCUAUGUUGCACAGCGUCCAUCAUGGGCCUCUGCAUCAUCUCCAUCGACCGAUACAUUGGUGUGAGCUACCCACUGCGCUACCCCACCAUUGUCACCCAGAGGAGGGGCGUCAGGGCUCUGCUCUGCGUCUGGGCGCUUUCCCUGGUCAUCUCCAUCGGACCCUUGUUUGGCUGGAGGCAGCCGGCCCCUGAGGAUGAGACCAUCUGCCAGAUUAAUGAGGAACCUGGCUACGUGCUGUUCUCCGCGCUGGGCUCUUUCUACGUGCCACUGGCCAUCAUCCUGGUUAUGUACUGCCGAGUCUACGUGGUGGCCAAGAGAGAAAGCCGAGGCCUCAAGUCCGGCCUCAAGACCGACAAGUCGGACUCAGAGCAAGUGACGCUCCGUAUCCACCGGAAAAAUGUCCCGGCAGGAGGCGGUGGGGUGAACGGUGCCAAGAAUAAGACUCACUUCUCCGUGAGGCUGCUCAAGUUUUCCCGAGAGAAGAAAGCCGCCAAGACUCUGGGCAUCGUGGUGGGCUGCUUCGUCCUCUGCUGGCUGCCUUUCUUCCUAGUGAUGCCCAUUGGCUCCUUCUUCCCGGAUUUCAAGCCCUCAGAAACCGUUUUCAAAAUCGUAUUUUGGCUUGGGUACCUAAACAGCUGCAUCAAUCCCAUCAUAUACCCAUGCUCCAGUCAGGAGUUCAAGAAAGCCUUUCAGAAUGUGCUGAGAAUCCAGUGUCUGCGCAGAAGGCAAUCCUCUAAGCACGCCCUGGGCUACACCCUGCACGCACCCAGCCAGGCCCUGGAAGGGCAGCACAGAGACAUGGUGCGUAUCCCCGUGGGCUCAGGAGAGACUUUCUAUAAAAUCUCCAAGACAGAUGGAGUCUGUGAGUGGAAGUUUUUCUCUUCUACGCCCCAUGGAUCGGCCAGGAUUACAAUGCCGAAGGACCAAUCUGCCUGUACCACAGCCCGGGUGAGGAGUAAAAGCUUUUUGCAGGUCUGCUGCUGUGUGGGGUCCUCGACCCCCAGCCUUGAAGAAAAUCACCAAGUUCCGACCAUUAAGAUCCACACCAUCUCCCUCGGUGAAAAUGGGGAGGAAGUCUAGAGGAUGGGAAAGGUCACGGGAAGAGGGGUAACUCUAGGUACUGCUGAUUGCCACUCGGAAGGCCAGUGAGUUCUUGAAGGACAAGCCAGGACCAUUCAAGGAGGUCCCCAUCUGGGAAAGGGGAGAGGGAGGGUACCAGCUCACGGGACAAGUGGGUAGGGCACAGGGGAAGGGGAAGGGUGUCUGGUAACUAAUAGGUUCUGAAUGAUGCAAGGGCCAUUUCCCUUCAGCUCAAGUCCUCAGUCAUUCUCUGAUCCUGCUUUCCACAACUGACCCUUUCAACAAGAAAUACCAUGGGAAAGAAAAUUUCAUACACAAUCCAAAAGACUAUAAAUACAGGAUGAUGAUUUCAUUGUGAAUAUUUUGAGCACACUAAGUUUGGAGCUAUUUCUUGAUGGAAGGGAGAGAAUUUUAUUUUCAGGCUGAACCUACUGGCAACUACAUUUGACAUUUAUGGAGCAGGGACCCAGAGAGGAAGGAGUGUAAGGUAGUAGCCAACAUGCUUUUAGGGCAAGUUUGGAAACGCCACCAGAUUCUCAGCUUGGUGAACCUGGACAGAGGGCUUCCCAGGGGUUGCUUUUUGAUGGGUUCCUUAUCCCCAUUUGAAAGUGGGGUGCAUUGUCCAACCUUGGAUCUAAGGAGCAGAACUUACCAGGGACAGCAUGUUUUCCUCAAGAGAAGGCAUGCCUGGGACAGCAGUUGCAUGACCUGGUGGAGGAAGGCCUUCUACUUGUAUCUUCUUAAAGAGCAAGACGCUGGCAUGGGAUGGGUACUGACACCAGGCUAAUGCCCUGUGGUCAUGCAGCCUCUCUGAUGUGACAAACCACUUCCGUUUCCUGAACUCCAUCAUGGAAGUCCAGGACUGGCAGAAUACUGCUUCCAUUACCGGCCCUCAUUUCAUUGCUGUGUAGUGAAUGGGAUUCAGCUGUGGCAUGUAGAGUGAGUUGUGGGGUCCAGGUACACCCCUCCUGAGCUUCCCAACAUACUGAUGCUUACCCUCAAAUAUUUUAAUUGAUUGCAAAACAGCUGCCCAAAUUGAUUCCUAGUUUUUGCAAAACCUUGGGGAAUGUGCUUUUUUUUUUUUUGCUUUAUGUGUACCAAAUCCUUGCAUCCUUAAUAAUUCAUGAUAUUAUGAAUAGUGACUAUGGUAAUCACACAUAAAAAUUAAAACAUGCCUGCCAUUCCACCUUAAGAAUUGUAAAAUAAGGUUUAAUGUUUGUGGGAACAACCCUCCUAAGAAUUACAACCAACAUCUUUUGUAACUUCUUCCCCUAAGAGCUUCAGAGCAGGCUGAUGCUAUUGUGAAACCUUCACAGAGAGGCUGCUGGCCCUCACAUCUUUCCUUUCCUCCCUUACAUCAAAUUGAACUCUGCCCCUAAGUCUUUCUAAAGGCAAAUCUUUAUCCACAUUGCAAUGAAGAAAAUGUGUGCAUGCGGCUGUGGGUUUUGUGAUUGGUUGUCUUAGGACCUUGAAUCUGACCCACUUCCUCCCUACCUUUUCCUGAGCUGUGUCUACUUGUUGGCCAGCAAGGUAGUUACUUGGCCUUGUGUUCUAAACUUGGCUUCUGCCGCUGAGAAGUUGGCUGGGAUUUUAGGCUCUCUUGGGCUCUCGGCAAAACUCCUAACAGCUCUUCCAGAUGUGGGUGUCAAAGCAUCUAGGGAGAACUUCAGAAUGCAAGCCUGCAUCUUCUCUAUAUAAGCUUCAUUGUUCCAAUCAACUUCAUUCCAGAUUUGAAUUCUAAAACCCGUCCUUGUUCUUAGCAUGCCUCCAUAGAAGAACAUCAUUACAGGAAGAAGGAUCAUAGCUUUUCUUCAGCAGGGUACCAUCCCGUGUUACCGAUGAUCUUUAAAUCCUUAGUGAAUAUGUGUAAAUGUUAAAAGUGGGAAAACUGCCGGGCGUUGGUGGCGCACGCCUUUAAUCCCAGCACUCGGGAGGCGGAGGCAGGCGGAUCUCUGUGAGUUCUAGGCCAGCCUGGGCUACCAAGUGAGCUCCAGGAAAGGCGCAAAGCUACACAGAGAAACCCUGUCUCGAAAAACCAAAAAAAAAAAAAAAAAAAAAAAAGUGGGAAAACUUAGGCACAUUAUAAAGGUACCAUUGGUGCCAGUUCUAAUCAGGAAGAAAAAAAAAAACAACUCCAAAAUCUUCCCGUCCUCACAUAAAAACCAUGACAAUCGUAUUGGUGCAGAAUUGCCCAUAAACAACUGCCCGCACACUCACUCCGAGGCCAUCCCCCCCUCUAAGGAGGCCAGUAUCUAAUAGGUUUUUUUUUUCCCAUUCCCAUAGCAGGGCACUGAAUAAAAACACAGCUAAUUUAUAAGAAAUUGAUAAUGCCACCAAAACAUGGUGUCAAAAGCAGUGUCAACAACGUAAAAGUGGAAUUGCUUUUUAAUCACCCGCCAAAGGAAAAAAAAAGUCUGUACCUUUAAGUGUGCCAAAAACUAUCUAAAAUGGUUGCAGCCAAACAAAUGAUUGUCAUAUUUAUAUUCAUGUGUUUACUGCUUCUAUUUGGAGUUUGAGGAAUUUACCCAGAGUAACCCCAGUUAAAAUGUCCUCUCUUGUGUGUUCUAAAAAAAAAAUCGCUUUGGGGAUGGUCUUUGUGACAUGAAAUCAAUGGGGCAUUAUGGUAGGCAACUUUGAGACUAGUGUGAGAUUCAGACCCUGUGUAUGAAGAGGGACCUUGGAUCUCUUUACUCAAAAAUUUCUCCAGGGCAUCAGAGAUGUCGUAGAUCAGUGGGUGGAAUGUUUGCCUGACAUACACACCCCGGCAUCACCUAAACCCGAGAGUGGCAGCUCAUGGCUGUCAGCUCAGCAUUCAGGAUGUGCAAACAGGAGGACCAAGAGUUCAAGGUCAACCAUGAAUACUUAGUAAGUUUAAGCAAGCCUAGACUACUUGAGACUCUGUCUCAAAAAAAAAAAAAAAAAGAAAAGAAAAAAGAAAAAGAAAAAAAUUCCAGGCUAUACCACUGCAAGAAAAGUGCUUCCCCUUGUCAUAGUUUCAUCCAAGACUGCUUCUGCAUGGCAUCACUCUGCAUGCGACACACUUUGCAAGGCACUGAGGCUCCUGACUCUCAUCACUGACUUGGAUUGCUCCAUUUAAGAUAGACAGUGAUAGACAGCUGAGUUAUAGGCACUUUCUUAUGGCGCUUCUGUUAGCUCUAUUGCAUGUCAUGGAUCAGUGGCUGUGAUCCUCUAGAAAUUCUCCCAUUACCAUUUCUAAAAUGAAACUCUGAUGGAUGAGAAAGGCUAAGGACUUGCCCAUGGGCAAGAAGGAACUGUGACUCAAAACUGAGUUUCCCCCUAGGUAUUCAUGUUCUGUGUGAUACCUCUGUUUCACACACUGGGACAGGGGAGUUUGAACUGAAUAUUCUCAGGAGACCAUUUCACACCCAAACUGUAAUGUAAUUUAUUCCCUUGGGGUUUUCCUACAUAUUAAUCUUAGCAAACACACCACCAAACCUUGUGUCUACAAUUCCAACUACUAGAGAGCAUUCCCCUCUCCAGGACAUAGUACUCCCAGAUAUGACUAAAGCCUUGCAUAGAGGAUAGGUUGUACUAAACCAGGACAAGAUGAGCAUAUAACAGAACAUGGAAGAAUUGGUCAAGAAUGAAAAAGCCCAGUGAUAGAUGGGAAACUUCCUAGGUGGUGUGUGGAAGUCAUGAAUGGCCAACCAUGGUUAACAUGAACACUUGAGAGGCAUGCCUCUUCAAAAAUAUAUAUCAACAGAUAAAGCACUUGUUCUUGUUCCCCUCAAUUCCAACCUUUAUUUUACAAGUUAUCAAAAAAGCCCAUACUAGGCACAUGAUUUUCCUGGAUGCCACUCAGAAUGCUGGUCUCCGGGUAGACAGAGACCAUGGCAGUUUUGGAAGACAGGCCAUUGGCAGACAGCUGUGCAUCCUAGCUAGCUUCCUUUCUAUAUGAACCAUCAUUAAGCCCUUUCAGCCCAGUGUGUUUGGGGGUGAAACUAUUUUAGGAACCAUUUUCUUGAGCAGGUAAUUAUUCAUGUGUUAAUCACAAUUCCUUAAUCACCGCUAACAAACAUUCCUAAUUGCUUCUGGGGAUAUCUCUGUCCCCAUCCUCUUGCCAAAAUAUGAUGCUGCCUCUCCAGUGGAUGCUUGCUGACUUCAUUAAGGGAAAAGAUUGGCUCGUCAGCAAAGGGAAAAGCAAACAGGUGGAAGGCAGGUAGAUGAAAGGCACACGAAAACCAGGGCAUCGAGAGAAGACAGAGGGAGCAGAUGUACAGGCAUCAGAGAUGCUCACUGGUCACUCUGGUCUCUUUUUUACACUACCAGGACUUUUAACCGUGAAACCACCUGUAUAUGCACAGCUCCGAAAGAGCCCAGUUGGAUCACUGCACCUGCCCUGGGCCUCCAAACUAUGCUGAGGAGCUGGGCUGAGGCCACGUCUUCCAAAAGCCAUGGCAACCGUGGCCCCUGGCCCUCCAAGUCCCCUGCAAGAUGAAUGAGUGGACAUGACCGUUGUGGGGGCUGGGCCAGGAGGCGAGUUAGGAUUUCAGCAUGUGAAGCCGGCCCCUGGCCAAAGGUGCCAUUCACUGACAGGAUCUCAUUCAUGUUUCCCAGACCCUAUGGCUGAGAGUGAGCUGAGAAAGAGCCUUCCCUGCUCUCUGCAGAAUGUCAUGUUUCAAAUGGCCACUAUUGAACCUACAAAGGCUGUAGGGGUGGCAGGGAGCAUUGAGGGAGGAGAUUGACCAUAGCCUCGGCUCACAGCUGGGAGGGUUAGUCAUGCUUUGCCACAGCUGAUGAGAAAGGAACUGUCCUGAAGCUGGUGGCUUGUUCAGGAAAAGGCAAAAUCAUGACCUUUUCUUCCAUUUGGCUUGGGAGUUAUUGCCACGCUGUCCCUAUAGCACACCCGGAGCAGUCUCAUUAUAAGCGAGGGUUGAUGGUUGUUGAGCCACGAAAAAUACAGACUUAAUUAGGUGGGGAAAAAAAUCUUAGCACAACUUAGCACUGCACUUAGAGAAAAAAAUAUAAUGAACAUCCUGGUCUAUGAAAUAGGCUGAAUAAAAGAAGUGUAUUGGAAUGUCAUAGAGAAGGAGCUAAAACAGAAAUUCCAACAUGAAUUUCAUGUUUAUAUAUAUAUAUAUAUAUAUAUAUAUAUAUAUGGAUUUGUGUAUCACCACAUACUUACCAAACCUUUCUCAGGUCAUCUUUGUGUGGAAUAAGGAAAAGCUUUUAUCUACAUUUGGCAUGUGAAGAAAUAGAAGCCAUGAGUUAAGAACUUCUUUGAAUACCCUCAUAUCCAACCUUCUCCACGAUGCUUCCAUGUCCCCAGGGUCCGCCAUGUAUUUCGACUCUCUAAUUUUCGUAGUCCAGUACUUCAGUUCCAGCGCGUAACUCCAUCUCUGUCCACACUUCUGCCCUCCUGUCCUGGCCAACAAUUGGGAAGAACUUGCAGCACAAGGCCACAAUUCUUGUUUCCUUGGCUAGCAGACAGGCACGUGUCAUUCUGUUCUUUCUCCAGACAAGCUGCUACAGACCCAGGGAACUAGCCAGGGACAGAAAGCUGCUGCUCUGCCCAAAGGGGCGACAUGUAAGGCAAAGCCAGCUGUGACUGUCACCCUAAGGUCCUCAGGAACAGAAAGGUCCCAAAGGGAACCUGUGGGUCACUGGGCACACUCUGACCAGCAAUCCCAGACGGCCUCUCUUCACUGUACCAGCCCGGCAUGAAACCAAAGGGAGGAAGAGACAGUCCCCAGUGUACGAGCCAGCAGGAUUCUGAGUUGAGGUGUCCAGAAAUCAAGUGUGUGUUUUUCCAAGAGGCAUUGUUAUAAAUGGGGAGGUGUUCCUAGAGGAACCAAAAAUAAAUAAAUAAAUGUCUGUUUAAUGUAUACCAGGAGUUGGCAAACUUUUUCUGUAAAUGGCUAGAUGGUUAACAUUUCAGUCAUGAUGGACUAUAAGUUCUCUUUUUGGGCUCUUUGGUGGGAGGCUAUGGGCAGACCUUCAAAAAUGUGGAUCCAUUCGUAGCCCAAAAGACAGCAAGGUGUGGACCAGGUUUAGCCCAUGAGCCCAAUUUUCCAUCCAUGCUCCAACCUACCACUAGAUUGUGGUAUAGAGCCAAUACUACUGAACUGUGGCUGUAGGUGAUCAGCAUGCUUAUAAAAAAUAGGUCACUGAUGUAUCUCUCCUGGACUGAGUCAACGUUCACAGACUGCAUAAAGGGGUAAGUCACAUCUUCAUCAUUUCCAGGCAGGUGGUAGGAGCAGAGGGAGGCACAUGCCACUCCCCCAUUGUGCCCUAUGGGCAGCCAGGUCAGCAGAAGCCAGUGACUCCAGGGGUCUUCCAGGCUAAGAAGACAAUUUCCCCUAUGACAUCUGUCCAACUCAGAGCAGCCACUUGCCCAAGGCUGUCCUGAAAUUUCUCCCAGAACUCAUCAAAGUGGAGAUCCCCAGAAAGCUUUGGGGCUCCUUGAAGAGGCUCUCUGACCGCAGUGCCCUCUGUUAGGACAUUUGGAACCUACUGGAACUCAUUAGGAAAAGUGACAGGACACAGAGAGCAUCUUCCAGAAGAUAAAUGGGAAUAGAAUUGUCUCUCACGCCUCCCUCCUCCUGUGCCUCCCUUUCUUUCUUAUUUCUUCUCUUCCUCUUAAAUUGAACUCACUAAUGGAAUAGAAAUGGCUCCCCUAUAAGAAAAUUUGCUUAGCACUCCCUGAGAAGUGCAAAGCCGUGUUUCCCUGAGCUAGCGCUUCCAUGGAGAACCCCCUUCCUUCCCUCUCUAGUCCUGAAGGGUCAGUGAGGAGCAGGGUGUUUCCAGAUGCAAAUCAGGCUCAGAUCACAUGACUCAGUGCAGCAUCUGAGUAUUGAGGAAGGAGGCUCAGUGACCAGGCUGUGGGUAGGACAGUGGAGGCAGACACAGUUUGGAAAGACCCGGAACUAUUGGCACCAUCCAGUGAAAGCCCCACAGCCAAACUGAGAGUGGAAAGGGAGGCGUAGGUGGGUGCUGAACGCCAGCUUCCCUUCCACACCCCUUCUCCUACCCCUUGCUGUGUCUACACCCUUUACCCUUUCUCGGCCCCUUUGCUGAUUCCACCCUGCCCCCACAAAUCAGCCCUGCACCCCUGCCAGGUUUACAGACAAUGAAAGGUGUUUCAUUAGGGCCCCUGUCUGUGGGAUCUGUGCUCCGUUCUCUGGUAAAAGGACAAGUUCCCAAAGCAAUCACAGUACCUUUGGCCAUGAGCCUGGGCCAGGAAAUGAGGCCAGCAAGGGGAGAGCAUCCUCGGGGCCCUGGUCCUUCCGGGACCUUGAUGCUCACCUUGGAUUUCUGCCUUUCUGUUCUUGGGCCAUCCACCCCAUGUGAAGGGCACAAGCACACUGUGCAGCCGCAUUUCAGAGGAGCUGCGGCUUGGAAUGGUUUCUGGAGGACUUCUAAUCAACCUCUCGUACUUUGGGCAUCUUUCCCAUGCGCUCGAAGUCAACUUUUAUUCUCCAUCAUCGCCUUUUGCCUCUUGCUUUUGUUCUCUCUUGCUUGUGAACUUUUCCUCCUAGGAGUUCUCUAGGGCCUUCAAGGUCUUGAUGAACCCAUCAAGUCAACUCAGUUCCCCUUUCACACUGAGCAAUGACUGAUCCAUCAGGAGGCAUACCCUCAGCUGGGCCGUCCACAGGGAUGCUGUUCCUUCCACGGCUCUGUUCCUUGUUCCUCCUACACACACAUGCCAUGCUAUGUGCUCCUGAAACUUAGGAUUCCCCUUCUCAUUACCCUGCCCUUGACACAUCGGCCCUGAAGAGUCUUCUCCCAUGUGAGUGCUCCAGUUUUUGCUGCCACCUUCAGCAUCAAUAGCCCCAUGUUCAUUUCCUGCUUCCAUUUUUGCCCAAUAAUGCAGGCUUGUGUGGCUUCAAUGACAUCCACUAGUGUCCUUACGGUCCUGGAUGCUAGAAAUCCCAAAUCAAGGUGUUAGCUGGCAGUCUCAUCUUCAGCCAAUGUUGACUUCCCCCUGAAUUCUCAUGUGGUCUUCUACUUCUUACAAGAACACUAGUCACAUUGCAGGAUCUGUCCCCGUGAUCUCACUGCACCUUAAUUACCUUCAAAGGCUACUUCCAAUCAUAGUCACAUUGUGAGGAAAUGUGAGAUUGAAUUGAAAUAGGAAUUUAGGAGGCAUUCAAUUCCACUCAUAUGAUUCCAUACGCUCUCUCCUUUCUUCCCAUACCAAAAAAAAUCUAUAAUCCUUUACCUAGACAGGAAGUUCAAGUUCAGUCCUUUCUGUUUAUUCUUCCCCCAAAUUUUUAUGCCAAUUGUCUGUAAAAUGUAUUUAGCAACUAAUUAUGCACUUACUUGGAUCUCCCGGAUGCUUCUUAAAACCUUAGCACUUAAAGUAUUUUGAAAGGUGAAUCAUAUACAUUGACCUUACAUGGGUUCUGACUUCUCAACCAGAUGGUAGUUCUGAAGGGCAGGGACAGUUGUGUCACUCAGUACACACACACACACACAUACACACACACACACACACACACACACACACACACACACACACACACACAGCAACACUCUAUCCCCAAGGGAGGAAAGCCCCUCAACCCCCAGCCAGGCAAGGAGGAGGAGAAGGGGUGGCUGGGAGGACAAACCAACAAGAACUUGAAAGCCUAGAGUAAGAGUUGGAGACCUGGAGUUUCUAAAAAUUUAGUAACUUUAAUUAUGCACCAACUGUAGAGAUUCCCAAGCUAGCAUAUGUCUUGGGUCAGGUGGGCAUUUGCUCUCCCCCAGAAACAUCAGUACCCAGGAAAGCAGAGCCCCAGCACUGAGUGGGACAGACCCUCGACUACACAGCUGGAGUGAGGCAGAAGAAGGUGGGAUUAAAGACCAAUGGCUUAAUUCCAGCACUUGGGAGGCAGAGCCAGGCAGAUCUCUGUGAGUUCGAGGCCAGCCUGGUCUACAGAGCAAGAUACAGGAUAGGCACCAAAGCUACACAGAAAAACCCUGUCUCAAAAAACCAAAUAAAAAUAAAAAUAAAAAAUAAAAAUAAAGACCAGUGGCAACCUUGGUCCUGAGAACUGGGUCACUAGGGCCUCUUGGGAACACUGUGAUGAGGUCCCAUCUACUGAAAUAAACUGACCGAAGGCCACGAUGUCCACCCCUGGUGAAAGAAUUUCAAUUAAGACCUCUGAGGAUGACUUCCUUUCAUGACCACCAGAGCCUCUCAUAGUGAUGUGCUUUCCCCUCUACAGGGCCGCUGAGUAGCUCGCCCUGUCUAGAUCACUUCUCCUAUGAAGUUCAGUUCUGUUUCAUAACCCACCCCAGCAGUACACAGAUUGGCUGCUCCCACGGUAUCACUGUGGUGACAAGCAGAGCAAUGUAUUCUCCUCUGCCCAGGUUCCUGACAAGAAGUAGAGAAUCCACCCUCAUUUGGAAGCCUCAGGUGCCCCACGGUAUGGCAUCUCUCCCACCAUGCUUUCCUCACACUGAAGCAUGCUGCUCUGGUUUCCUACCCUGGCCCCUACCCCAGAACCUUUCAGGUGGAAAAAGUCUCUGGUCCAGCAUUCGCCAUCCCAGUGCGGAGGCCUUGGCUAGAGCAUCGUGGCCUCCUUAGCAUUAGUCUAAUCCAGAAAGGAGGAAGAAGACAGCCUCUUGAGAAAUCAAAGCCUACGGAAGCGUUCAGAGCCAAAAGCCACUCCAAAACAGGUCUGAAUGUAUGUGGCUCUGUCUUGAUGAUGGGUCCACUAAAAGUGUCUGUCCUUUGUCUCCCUCCUCACUGAUCAAAAUCUGAGCAAUGGAUAGCGAGGUCUCCUUGCCCUUUAGUGCCUCCCCUUCCCUGUCCCUGUGUCAUAGCAGAAGUGACAGCAGUUGUAAAAAGCAGAGGCAUAGAGGACAGUGACGGAUGGUAGUCAGUGAGAAGCUUUCAUCUACAAAAGAGGUGCUCGAAUUCAAGCUGACAAAUGAGGAGGCUGUUAAAAAGUCCACCAGCAGGUACUUGUAAGAGAAAAACACGCAGGUACUCCAAUACUUGCAUAACAAUUUGCCUGUUUUCCACAACCUUGUUUGUGUUUCUUUAAGAGUAAGACACUUACUGGAGACUAAUUGAAUUAAAAGGUAAAGUCCCUGGCUUGCUCUCACCUCCGUUUCUGGCAGCCAGCCUGGCUCCUGCCUUCCUAUGCUGAGUAUUGCAAGCCUCGUCCCUAACUUUGCGUGAGAGCAGGCCGUCCGCUACAGCCAUGCUGUCUCAGCUUCGAAUGCCCAAAUCACAAUGCAUGCUUUCUUCAUCAGAUGUGAAGGAAAGCAAGUUUUUAUUCCAUGGCCCUCAUCAGUUACAAACAAAAAACACCCUUCCAGUUACUGCAAUGGCAACUUAACCCAAGACUGCAGACACUCUGAUUAUUUUACUUCUUCCUGGGACUCUGAUAGAUGGUGCAGAAGCAAGGCUUGAGUCAUAAGAAGUGGAUUUUUAGGUCUAUGGAGAGAGCUUAGCCAGAAGGAAGGAAGGAAGGAAGGAAGGAAGGGAGGGAGGGAGGGAGGGAGGGAGGAAUGGCAGUGCCUCCUUGUGAUGGGGAGCACUGGAGAGCACACAGGUGCACCCCUGGAGCUUGAUGGCUGGCCAGCCCAGUCAACUGGUCCAGUCAAAGUCAGUGAGGUCCAGGUCAAAGUGAGAAGCUGUACUAAAAGACAAGGUGGUCAGCUCCUCAGGGACAAUUCCUGAGAUUGUCCUCUUGCCUAUAUGCACACACACACACACACACACACACACACACACACACCAAUCCCACAAACUUCAAAUAUUUUUGUGUACAACUGUGUUUUUAGCUGCUCCAUUGUACGCCCUUUAACACAGUUUGAAAUGAAUGAGGACAAGAUUUUAUAAUCAUAUUGUAGAUGAAAGAUUUUCACACAGAGAGGGGGCACAAAGAUUUGGGCAUCAAAGUAGAGAGAGGGGAAGGUCCCACAGGGAGUUUGGGAACUAGGAGCCCGAGACGUGAACCCUUCUUCUAAAAUGUUCUAGUGUGAACCUGAACCAGACUCAGCUUGCUGAACUGUGACCUGCUCAGCUCCACCCAGACCAAAUCACCAGAGGGAAGCUGGAGGGAUGUUGAGACUGGUAUGACAAGAGCCGAAGACAGGGCAUCACAGUCCUGUGCUUCAGUGCACCCCCAUCUCACAGCAGCUCUGCACAGGCCCCUGGACCCCUCUGGCCCCGUGUCUUCAUCUGUGAAAGGGGGAGCAGGUGAGAUGUGAGUGCAGAAAGAUGCCUCAGGAGAUGAUAAAACCACUUCCAUCACAGUGGGCUCCACUACAUACAUGCCCGCAUGCUCCCUAGCUCUCUUCCCCCUCCCAGCUGUUACCUACAUGGGACCAGUAUUCUAGAGGACCUUUAAGCCAUCUGCAAGGCCCGAACACUCUACAUACAACAAUUGAGAGAGUUUUCCUUUAUCCUGCCUCGGGCUUACCUGCAGAAUUCGCUAGCAUUCCCGGGUGACACUCAUUUCUGUAUAAUUAUAAAGGAAAUCAGAAACAAGCUGUGCCAUGCUGGAGGCUGCCAUUCUGAAACUCGGAUGUGGGCUUCCAGUUAUCGGCACCCUCUCCACCAUGCUAUUUUCUUUGGAUUAGAGAGACCUUUACCUGGAAAUCCCCCUUUAAUAUUUUUUAAGUUAAGCUCCCUGAGCGGCUUGGAGGAUUUCCACGAGGCUCUCGGGACUGUCCAGGCAAGGAUGGUGCUGUGCACUUUUCCCGCUACCAACGUGGUGCUGGGGAGUGUUUCAUAUUAUCUCAGCUGCCUUGUGCAAGUCACUACACACCAGGUGCAUGCGUGUUCAUAAAACUGACGCCGUGAGAAUGGAAAGUCGUUCUGACUGCAGUACGAGAGACGGGAUUCGACACACAGCUUAGGUUUAAAUUUGUCUCUAAGGGUACAGGGCUGAGUAGUACCUGGCAACUGCCAGAAGUAAAUGUUUGCAGGAUGAGCAGCCAUUCACAAUCGCUAACAGGGGCAGUUGGAGUUGGAGUGAAAUUGAGUACCUAUCACAUGAGCUGUAGAUCACAACCUAUUGUCCUCCGAUAUUACCAUGGGCCCUUGAAAGGACCUCUGGGAUCCUCUGGACAGGUGAGUUGACGAGCAGGUCCACACCCCAAGUUCAGCGGGGCAUGAUUGGACAUGAGCACAUUCAGAGGCCAUCUCUGGCAGAGGCCGGCCACCGUCUCCUGCCAACAACCUCUCCUGACUCAAAAUCUCAAAUGUGCUCUAAGCAGAGGGGAAAAGUCAGUUUCCGAGCUUAGGUUCUUGGUCCAGCUAUGCUUCAGAUAAACACAGUCCGUGGCUAUUUCGGUUCUGGAUUUUAGGGAGCAGCUGUAAGGCUAUGGCAAGAGCCAAGGGAAGAGCUUUGGCCCAAAUGACUGGUUCUCUGAGUGCUGGGAGGGAGAACGCUGGAGCAUUAGCCCUCGGAGGGUAGGAGGGCAACAUGGGGCUGUCCCACUGACAGAGGGCAUGUGUCCCAGUUCUAGGAACCCUCUCUGCCAAGGUCUGACUCUCUAAAAUACGUAUACUUGGGGUUUGAAGUAAAAAUUACUACUCUAUGAAAAGAUAGGAUUUUAUUGCGUUGGUGCCUGGUAUUCUAAAAUCAGAAUAUGAGGGACAUAUUCUGCCACCGAGCCUGAUGAUUAGGGUUCAGUCCCUGGGAUCCACAUGGUGGUAGGAAGGAACCAACUCCUGAAGGCUGUCCUCUGCCCUCCACAUGUGUGCUAUGGAAUACACACAGAACAAAUAAAUGUAAAACAAACAAGCAAAGCUCAUUUUUUUAAAAAUUACAAUAUGGUUCCCUAAAGGUCCAUCUACCCUGCUUUUUAUCAAAACAUAUACCUAUUACAGGAAGCCACAUCCACAUCUGUAACCGCUGUCCUUUCUCCCCAAAUCAUCCUCUGUGCUUUUGGGAUCACUUUAGGAGACACUGAGUCCUUCCUGGCAUGUGGAUCUGUCCCUUGUCUAAGCUUCAUCUGACAGGGACACAAAUGUAACAUAUGACAGCUGUCAACACUGAACAAAAGCAGUUCAAUGUCUAUAAAGCAAGCUUAGGCAAUUUCCCCCACUGGCUUCUUACAAAUUAAACACCAAGGCUGGAGGUGUGGCUUAGCGGUAGAUCACUUGCCCAGCGUGAACAUGGCUCUAGAGCUGAUCCCCUGCAUGACACACAAAAACCAGUUAAACCCUACCACCAACAUUCCUGUAGUCCCUCCAGCUCCAGCAUAUCCACAGAGGCAGAGGGAAAGCCAGAGUACAAAGCAAAUCCCACCUUCUUCCUGAGGAAGCUGCCACUGCAUGCAGCUGUGGGUCCCGUCAUUGAUCCAGUAUGUAGUAUGGACUGUCUGGGACCUAGGGGAUGGAUGGAGAAUAACAGCGACAGAGACACAGUCUUCACCUUCAGAGUCCCUACGGUCCAUGAAGGGGAGACACACACCAGGAUCCUGCACGGGAGCUUGGAAGGAAGCGCCCACUAACCACAAAAUUAGGCUUCUCAAAAAUUCUAACCUCUUUCUGGGUCCUGAGAGAAAAGGACAGUGGGGAACAGAGGAAGUUGCUCGCAGAAAGGAAGGGACACACCCAUGCAAAGCCCCAGGGGCUGGUGCAUCCCAAGUGUGGGCUAGGUUUGCCCCUCCUUCCCUUUGCCAGGCACAAGGAGGAAGAGCUUCGUUAACCAUGGCAGCCCCUUGACUCAGCAAACCCCAUUCCCCCAGUCCUGCCAACGAACCACACCUGUUCUGCUACCCACUCCUUUUUUUUAAGACAAUGGAAAACUCACUGGACAAACCAGGACACGGUGAGUGUGGGGUUCUUUCCUGGUAGGGCCACCAGCUUGGCCUGGCUGAAAAUUGAAAAGCAUGGGUUGGUUAUUCAGUAGCCUGCAUUUGUUCUCAAAGCUUUCUAUAUCACGAUGAGAUGCCUAAACAGAAGAGAAAGAUCUAAUUUCUUUCCCAUCAUACAUUUUCUCAAGCAUGAGGUGUUUGAUUUUAAAGAGCAACCAAAGGCUUGAGAAGACUUAGUAAGGGAACUAUAGGGAAGGCAAUUCAGUGCCACUAAAAGCAGAGAAACUGUUGCAGCCAGAAAAUACGACACAAUAUGUUUGGGAUGAAGGAGUUUUGUCCUGCACAAAGUACUCAGUGAAAUGCAUCACUACAAUACCACAAUGGCUGCCUUCCAUGCCAAAGAGGCAGUAGCUGGUUCUGCCGGGACACAUGUUCAGCCAAUGGUGUUUGGUGAUUAUUAGAAACUAAACACAGCCCAGGAGGUGGAGAAAAGAGCAGAAAAGGCAAAGGACCGGAACUACGCUUUUACAAUCCGCCAGCGCUUACCUACUUGACUUGCUAGGGCAUGGGAAAAGUGUAUCUUAGUAAAUGGGGCUGCUGCUACUCAGACAUGAACCAUGACGUUUGCUGGCUUAUUGCAGCUUUUCUGCCUGUCUCUUCCUCCGAGCUGCUGAAAAUGGAAACCCAACAUUGCCAUGCUGCCAGAGAUGCAGAUGUGGGCUGCCUGUUUGGUUUUAGAUGCCAUUACUCUCCUAUAACCUUGACGAUUGUGAUAUGUAAGAUUCCCAGAAGGCACAGUCCUUAAGUGCCCAGUGCUUGAGAACUACGCCCACCGGCUCCAGGUUUGGCCUUGGGUCAGCGGAGUUGAUGAUCACAUUCCCUUCAGUUAGUAUGAAUCAUGCUGAGCCUGGUAUGUGCUCUGUGCUCUAUAAGGAAGAAUUCUCUCCCAUGUGAAAAAUAAUAUAUUCAUAUGUAUGCAUUGUUGUACUUGAAUUGUGUGCACUGUUGUGUAUUGAUGCAUAUAAGCAACACCCAGACAUCUACAAAGGCUUUGAAGCAUUUAAUUCCAUUUAAAUGGACUCCAUACCCUUGGAAUGUGCUAUUUAAGUGUUCAUGAAAUUUUUUACACACCAUUUUUACAGUCCAUUUGUUUAUGAUGUGACAUGGUAAAUAAUCGUGUUGGUUUUGUGUUCUUUUUGUUUCUCAAGAAAAUAAAUGUACAUAAUACUAAGCAAAUGAAUAAAUUAUUAAAAUAUGGACUUUAUGAUCAUGCCCACUGUUGAAAAUAAAUUUAUUUUAUUUCUUUCAUAAUGUGACUGUUCCAAUGAUGAAAAUUUAUAUGGCCCUUAUACAUAUUGAUGUCAUGUAUUUAAGCUUUGUUCAAUAUUGAUGAGUAUUCCCUAAUAAAAUAUUUUAAACCUCUUUCUCUAAAUA